AUGCCACCCCAUCAGCUACAUGCUAGAGAUAAUCAUGGACCCGAGCUAGAAAGAGGCAUCUGGGCCGCCGUUGUCAUUGCCGCGGUGAUCGUCAUUCUACGGGUCUUUGCUAAGAUAAAGAUCAGCCACUUCCGCGUAGACGAUGUUCUCAUGGUGAUUGCGGCAAUUCUAGCCAUUGUCUCCUGCGUCUUCCUAACCCUCUCCGUUCAGCGUGGGUUCGGCAAAGACCUCACAACGAUAUCCAGCGAGGAUCGCAUGGCCGUUUUGAAAUACAUCGCUAUCCAGAUCCCAAUCGUCACCAUCAGCACGACCGUUGCCCGCUCCGCCUUCAUCUUCUACCUCCUUCCGAUUCUCAGCCCGAACAAGAACUAUCAGAUUGCGCUAUGGGCGGUCUUGAUUAUCCAGUUUGCCGGCAACAUCGCCUCCGCCGUGUUGCCCCUUAGCAUGUGUCGCAAUGUUAAUAUUCUGUGGGAUCCGACGGUCAAGACGACGUGUGCCGAUCAGAAAGCGGUCGUCAAUUUCGCCUAUUACUCCAACAGUUUUAAUUCUUUCACGGACCUGUUCCUGGCGGUCUUUCCCACCGUCGUAUUCUGGAAUCUGAACCUCAAACUGCGCAUCAAGAUCAGUCUAAUCGUUCUACUGAGUCUCGGCAUCGUCGCAAUGGUCGCCUCGAUCGUCAAAACCACCAAACUCAACUCUGUCCCCAGCGUCACGAACCUCGGGUCCACCGGAGCAGUCGAGCUCAUCCGAUGGGGCUACGUCGAAAACUCCCUGAUCAUCAUCACCUCCUCGAUCCCGUGUAUCCGACCUCUGAUCAUCUCAUCCGUGCGCAAGAUCUCCAGCGGCGGGUUCACGCGCUCGUACGAGUUGACGGGUCCGUUCAGCGGGAAUCGUCGCACGGCGGGAAACGAGACCGCGCAGUCACGACGGCCGAAAAAGUGGACAAAGACCGAGACGGGGAGCGUCGAACGUAUACUAGAGCCGCACUCCACGCAGCAUACGCAUAAUACGAGUAGGCGAUCCCUACUUCCAGGAUAUGUUUCUCUGGGUUCCCGUGCAACGCGGCAGAGCACUGAAUCGCAGUUCUACAUGGACAUCUUGAGAGCCAUCGAGCGGGGCCAAGCGCGAAUCACCACGUCUGCUUCCGGCAGCCGGGCCGGAAGCACCUGGGCUCUGGCUAUCGAUCGACAAGAUAUCAACAACUACAGGUGGAUAAUCCGGCUUUUCCAAGACGAUAUUUUCGAGGCCCAGCAGCAUGCGGCUAGUAUUGAUGCCGAACGCGAUAGACAAAGGGCAAGAUACAAUGGCGCCCCUAAUGGGCACGGAAAUGGUCGGUCGAAUGGGUGUGGUAGUGGCUCUAAUGGGUACGGGAAUGGUGCUUCGAAUGGAUACAGCAACGGUCGUUCGAAUGGGUACGGGAAUGGCCGCUUCAAUGGUUACGGAAAUGGCCGCUCAAAUGGGUAUAGCGGGAGUAAUGGAUAUUCUAACAGCGAUGGAGGAAGAGGCCAUGGCGGCGGUAGACAUGGCGUUAACGGAUAUGGCCGCUGCUACGACUGA